UUAGUGUAAAUAAAUAUAGGACUGUCAGGCUCUGCUCACAAUGUCUUGUACAUUUUAUGAAUAUAGUGUAGGCAAUAAAUCAUCAGAAAGCUUGAAUUUCCUUCCUAAUGAAACAGCGAAUGAUUUGCGGAAUAAAAUAGCGGCCACUUUAUUACAUCAAAAACCACACAAUUCUAAUCUAACUAAAAAUGAAUUAUAUGCAUUAAAAAAGCUGAAAAAUAAUAAGGCAAUUAUCAUUACGAGAGCAGAUAAAGGGAACACGACUGUUACUAUAAACAAGUCAGACUACGAGAAAAAAGCCAGGGAACAUCUCCAAGAUGGCCUGUAUGAAUUAAUUAAGGUCAAACUACGCUUAAUAAACUUAAGGCUAAAACUAGCAGAAUCCUAGUCAUUAUGGUUCAUAUUACAUCCAAAAUGUUGUAAUCCUUGUAGAUUAUAUAGACUACCAAAGAUUCACAUGAAUAAUACUCCACUGAAUUUAAGAAUAAU